AUGCGCACAUAUAGUCUCCAUACUUCCUCAUGUUGCUCACUGAGCAAAAUGGGUCCCAUCGUUCUUCUUCUCUCUUUUUCUCUGCUGCAUCUGGUUCAAUCAGAAUGUAAGAAUUUUAAUUUAUGGUUCAUAUUGUUGUUACUUUAGGAUGAACUUGUGCUGCUUCAUUGUUUUAACAUUGGUCAAGUCCAAGAAUUGAAUCUGGUUUAGAGGAAGGACAUACUGAGAAAUGAUCGACAGGGUGAGACUCCUCGCUUCAUGUCAGUGCUGGAGUCCACACCCUGUCGAGGUUCAUAUAAAUCUUCCUCAAAAAUUCAUUAUUAAUGUUAACAGUUGAUUUUAAGAUGAUUAAUUGAUUUUAAAAUGAUUUUUGUCAAACUGAUCUAAUCGUUUUAUUGACAGGAUAAACAAGGCGUCUAUAGGAACACUUGUAUCCACCUUAUUUAAUAUCAUACGGCUUCUUCUCUGUGUUUGGUUCUGACUUUGGGAACAGAAAGCACACCUGGAUGGUCUGGAUGGCCCCUACUGACCUAGAAGAUCACUGAUGUUUAAUGGGCCUAAACCACUCAGAGCUUUAUAAACCAGCAGCAGGAUUUUAGAAUCUAUUCUCUGAGAAACAGGGAGCCAUCAAAAACCUCAGGACUGGACUGAUAUGAUCCACUUCUUUGGUCUUGGAGAGGACUCUGGCUGCAAUUUUUCAGACGGACCUAUAAAGACGUGUCACACUAAUUAUGUCGACAGAUGAUAAAAGCAGGGACUGACUUGGUCGGUUGUUUUAAACUUUAACUGCUGAAGCCGCCCACUGAUUUUUAAAACAGCUACCUGGAUUUAAUCUACGUGUUGGCACAUAAACUUGAGGAUUUGCUCAAGGUACUUAGUCAGUGCCCGUAUGAGGCCGUGGUGACCUGGUGGCAUCGUUAUAUAUAACAGUGUUUCAUCAACAUAGUAACAGUACUUGUCUUUUUAUUAACUAUUAUCUGAGUCAGUGGGAGCAUGUAGACGUUAAACAGAGGAGACCCCAGAAUGAAACUUUGAGGGACCCCACAUGUCAUUCUUGUCUGCUCAGAUUUGAAUUUAUCUGAAAACAAAGUCGUCUCUGUUCUUUUGAUAAGAUUCAAACCUGUUGAGUUCAACUUUGUCAAAAGCUGCGCUGAAAUCCAUAAGUACAAAGACUGCAGCUCUACCAUGGUCUGUUUGUAAGCAGGUGCUAUUAAACGUUUUUGUCUUAGUGUGUGUUUGAAAUUAGCUCUGGUGUGAGAAAAAGCUGCGACAGUCGGCUGUAAACCCCUGUCUCUAUUUUCUCACUGGGUUCACUUCAGCAGCUUUGUUUCACCACGUUUGUUUUUCAAGUCAUGCUCAGAGUGAGGAGGUAAAUUCCUGAAGAAAAGCUUUACUGCUCGAGGUUUAGAGCUUCUAUAUUUGUUAACAUAACACAGAUAACUUUUUAUGAGACAUCAUAAGAACUGAAUGAGGGUGUGUUGAUGUCCUAAUCAACACUGUCAGUGUCGGACUUCGCUGUUGAUUGUAAGAUAUUAGAAAUUUGUUUUUUGUUUUUCAAAAAGCUGCAGUUCAGUGACAAUUUUCUUUGUGUUUGUUCAUAACUUUACGAACAAGGAGUCAAGUGAUCUUUGAUAUGGAAAACUAAUUAUGUCUUCUUUAACCAUAUGAGUGAUUUUGAUUUUUUUUUUCUUUUGUUUGCAGUGACUCCUGUGUUUGUGAAGACAGGAGAGGAUUUACUCCUAAAUGUCCAAACACCUGUUACUCCAGGAGAUGAUGAUCAAAUAACAUGGAAAGUAAAUGACACGAAAGUUAUUGCAAGGUUUUUUGGUUUUUUGAACCAAUCACGAAUUAUUGGCAGUUAUUCUGGAAGGGUUACACUUUUUGAAGAUAAUUUCUCUCUGCUGUUGAAGAGCGUGAGAAAGAGUGACAGUGGAGAUUAUAGAGCUCAUGUUUCUGGUGUCGCUAACAAAGAUUUGGCUGAAUACAAGGUCACAGUUCUGGGUGAGUCUCUGAACAUUUCAAAUACUGAUAAAGUUUUUUUUCUUGUUUCAAAGCUGCUAACUCUGCCCUUGUUUCUCACAGAUCCAGUGUCUCCAGUGAGACUGACCGUGAACUCCUGCAGCUCAGACUCCUCCAACCUCACAGUGACCUGCAGCACUCAGGACUCUCUCAUCAGAGCAACUUUCACAUGUGACAACCAAACCUGCUCUGAAGAGAGAGGAGACAGAGGAGAGUUUGCCACACCUGGGACUUCUCUCAGAGUCUACCUGGAAAAUGGCUCAGUCAUCUGUAACUAUAGCAACGAGGUCAGCUGGACAGAGGACAUCAAAACGAUUGAAGAUCUUUGUGGAAAGGAUCCCAGUAAGACUCAGACUUCACAACAAUCUGACAGUACCUCACACUGUAGUUUGAAGCCUCAGUGAAAAUGAUAUGUAGUUUUCUGUUCACGUGUUCAGUGUGUUUUGGACGUUGGUUAGCAAAGAUAUGCCCAGGUGGCAAAAACAACGCACAGGUUAAGCUCAGCUGGUGUUGUCUUUGCAUUUUUACAACACAGUUUUGUUUGAGAUGAUGGAAAAGAGAUCAUCCAGAGAAAGGUGGUAAAUGUGAUCACCAUCAUUAAUCACCUAGAAUGACAUUACAAUAAAACUGUAGCACUGGAAAAGCAAAAAUUAACAAAGCGUAACGCUAACACACACACGCGGGCACGCAUGCACGCGCACACACACACACACACACACACACACACACACACACACACACACACACACACACACACACACACACACACACACACACACACACACACACACACACCAACACACACAGUGUUAGAUAAGAAUGCAUCCACCUUUUCUGAUUUUUAAAUCUGGCUUUUUUUUGCUUUGUUUUAACAGAAUAUGAAUUUUCUAAAGGCAGCACUAACAUCUGGGCGAUUGUUGUCUCCAUCGUCGCUGUUGUUGUUGUUGCAGCUGCGGUUGUUCUGGUCAUUAGAGUACUAAAAAAAAGACGAAAAGGUAAGUCAGAAGUUAAGAUGUAAAGUCCUCUUAAUCCUAAGUCUUUUCUAGAUGUUUCAAUUCUUUUUAUUUUCAAAGUUUAUUUUCAGCCCAUGUGUGUUAUGAUACAGUUGUUAAUUUAGACUCUUCAGAUAAACUAAAUCUUAAGUCCUGCAGACACUGCACAGUAUAGAGGCCAUUCCCAUUGGUUAGAUCUAUUUAUAUAUAUUUAUAUUUACAAAAAAUAGUAAAAUGUAAAAGGAUAAAAGUCCCUUUUAAUCAAUAAUUUCUGAACUUUUAGAGUCCCUUGUUUAUAUUUUUAUUACUUUUAUAAAAUUCUGUGCAGAAAAACUGGACUUUUGGUUUGACUCUGAGUCAAUUAUACACUUAAAUUUAGGACUCAGCCUAAUUGCAGCUUGAGUAAAAUCAAUUUAAUGUCUACUUCAACAUGUUGUUUUUUUAUGGAUGAUCUGCAGAUAAAACAGAGAGCGUGGAAAAUACAGUAUAUGAAGAUGUAAAGGUAUGGGGCAAGAUUUUUUUUCAACACCACUCUCCUAAAUUUCUUAGACAUGCACGCUCAUAAUUUUCCUUUUUCCUUAAAUAGACUAACUUACACAAAAAGAGAUGCAAAAUAAAAACUCAACAUUUACACCCUAACAUUCGUGUUCCUGUCGACCAUCACUAUGAGAAGUUAUCCUACCUGGGGGUUAACUGACUAUUCAUGACCUCUGAGCCCUUUAAACUAAUGUCUGCAUUAAUCUGCUGUUCAGGUCCUGCUGCUCACUUUGUUUCUCAUACAUCCAUGUCUGUUUUCAAUCUGCUUUAAUGUAAUGAGGAAAAGUGGAGCAACACAAUACUUCAUAAACUAUCCACAUCACCAGCCCUGUGAUAGAAACUUCUUUGGAUGUGACAUUAUUAUUUGCAAUGCUUUUUACUUUGUUGGUGUAGCAUUUAGGUUGCCAUAAAUCCUGCAGAGUCAAACUAUGCUUUUAUUUUGAAUUAUGCUACCUCUAGUUCAUCAAAAGUUACAGAACUGACAGAAAACAGUCAAAAGAAAUGUCAAAAAGUAUAAAUGUUCAAGUGACCAAAGAGGCACAAGCCCUGACAAUGAUUUUGGAUUCUUAAUAAAUCUGAAAGUCAUCUUUUAAAAGUGCCAAAUCAUCUCUCAUUAGGCUACUACAGCUAGCUUGCUGGCAGUCUGCAACAUUUCUCAGUUUUAUGACAUGAGAUAACCAGCGUAAGUGCCAGUCUUACUUUCAGGAUCAUUUCAGCACAGUAUCAGUUAUUUUAACUUUUUACAAAGACCGUUACUGUCCUACUUUGGACCUGAAUAUUUUCAGGAUGAACAACAGUUCACCUCUCUCUCUCUGCUGCAGCAGUAUCCUCUUGUAUCUGGUCCAUUUUAUUUGAAUUAAGUUUUCCCCUGUCUUUUGUAUUUACUUGCUUCAUGCAACAUUUUCAUGCAUUGUUAGAAGAGGUUGUGUUGAGCUUUGGUUUAAUGUCUAAUAAGGUUCGAUGCAUUCAUUUGACCGGGUAUUGUCUUUCAAUGUAGCUGCUGUCUGUUGUGUUAGUUAAUGUUUAGCCAUCCUAAGCUAAAGUGAUUUUAUAAUGACUGAAAUAUUUAAUUCCUGCAGUCACAUACAGGACAGAUUAAAGACCAUCAGCUAAUAUGUGAAUGUAACUGAGUAAAAACAUCAUUAAAGCAUCACCCUUCAUUUGUAGACUGAUUGAUCUAUCGUAAUCAUUGAUCCAGAAGAACAAAGCUUUUGGAAAGUUGUGCUGUUUAUGAGCUCUUAUUAAAUUAAGUGAGAACACUUCACAUACUUUGAGACAAAAAUGAUCCAAAUAAUCUUUUCUGUUGUAUACUUUUAAGGCCGGGAGUACAAACCAGACUCAAGAGCAGAGACCAACGAAUGAAGACCCCCCAGCUGAGACUCCAUCCACAAUCUACCAUUUGUUAGGGCAACCCACGAACCCUGAAGCACCCGCUGUGACAACAAGCAACCCAAUACCAGAGAGCUUGUACGCCACAGUAGAAAAGCCAGCAAAGUCCAGCUGAGACCACCCAGCAAGAAAGGUGUCACAUCCCUCAGAUGGGAUUUCCUCAUACCUCUCUGAUUUCUCAAUAUGGAUGAGAGGAACAUCACCUUCAGCUGAUCCGAUCAAUAUCCAGCUUGAUCAACCAAACCCAUGCCGAAGUGGUCACUGGAAUUGACUCAGCUUAAAGCCUUUUAAACCAACCAAGGUUCACAGCAGCAAUGCAAACCAACAGAAAAUGAAUUAAUGAGUCCAACCAGAAAUGACCACAACUGCCCCCAAAGCUUUGAUGUAACUGCAGGGUAUGUAAAGACCUACUUUCUAUGUGCCACCAGGGGUUGAAAGAUGAUGCUAAAGGACUGAGCCUCUCCUGGAUACGCUAUCUACUGUGGAUUUGCACCAUAUUCAGAGGGAUGUCCUCAUUUCCAUGAACAGUGGCGUAGGUAGAUGACUCACAAGUGCUGGUCGCUACCAUGUCCACUGAAUCACAGGGCCUAAAUUGCUUGUUUAUGCCGAUUUGCCCUCUUUUACAUUAUGAGGGUCAGAUCUUAUAUGGCAGUGCAUGGAAUACAGCUCCAGGUACAGUCUCUUGUAUAAACACGGUUGGACAACAGCAACUCCUUACUUGGAGCAGACCUCCCAGCAGAUGAUCCAGAUUGCAGCAGCUCCAGACCAAAACGGCAUAUAUCACUUUGAUGCUCAUGCCUCUGGAACCCCACAUCUGGCAUUGAGCAUUGACAGGCGUCUGGUGCUCCCAUCACAACAGCAACCCAGGUCACCAGACAGACUUUUCUCCUCUGUUUCCCCCCUCAGAGACUCUUUUUGCCGUUACGAAAAGCUUGAGCUAGACUCUUCUUCACCAGCAGAAGUCUUCCACUGGCUUUUGUGAGUCACCUUGAAUUAAAUGAUCUUAAUGCUAUGAUAAAGGUGAUAAGGUUUAAAUUGACUGGAAGUUCAAUAACAGCUUCCUCCAUGUAUGCUCUUUCUAAUGUUGUUAAGUUGCAGCAAUAACUGGAUAUGCGCUAACAGCUGGCACAAAAAACUUCCGUCCAAAACUUCCUCUUCUCUACACUUGUCGUCGUUUGCACGUUCAACCGUUUUAACUUCAAUACAAGAUAUUCUGUUGUAAUGAAAUGUUUUAGAUAUCGUUCCCCUUAUUAUCAGGGCAGCAGAGGAAAAAGAGGAAAUGUGAGGAGGAGAGGAAGGUGGGGUAGAGUUAAAGCUAUGAGUUGAAUGAGGAAAUGCUGCUGUGAAGACUUGAGCUUCUGUGAAGAAUGUGCUAAAGGGGCGGCUGUGGCUCAAAGGUAGAGCAGGAAGGUUGGGGGUUCAACCCCAGAUCCUGCUGCCCACAUGCUAGACAAGACACCUGACCCCACCUGCCCCCACCGCACAGUGGUUUAAACCGAUGGGUGCCUUGUAUAGCAGCCUCUGCUAUCAGUGUGUGAAUGUGACGUGUGAUGUAAAAGCAGGUAAGUGGAUAGAAAGGAUUAUAGAAAGAUGUAUUUAUCAUAAUAAUGAUUUUUAUGCUUGUUGCAGCACAGAAAGAACUGUUCAUAAAUAUUUCUAAGAUGUUUUUGAUAUUUGUAUGUUUUUUUGUGUAGAUACUGUUAUUUUAUAAGUUUAUCUUGAAAUUUAGCAACUUGUCAUGGCAGGCAGGUAUUUUGCAGACAUCUGCUGGUAUUGACUGGUACGCUCUGUAUGCAUGAAAGCAAAAAUAUUUCUGAUGAUUCAGUCAUAUCAUUUUUUUGAACCUUAUAACUUGGUUGUGCAGUUGACUUGUUGGCCUGCUUGUGAUGAAUAACUGUUUCAGCAUUUCACUAUAUGACUAAAAUCAAAAAAGCACAUAGAGGGGGGCUGGCUCUAUUAACUGGUUUGUGACUUCUCUUUCCGAACUGGGAACUAACACCAAUUCACAAACCACAGACCAGUGUCUUUACUUACAAAGUUUUGGACCAAACAGACCAACAUUACUUGUCUUUACAGAAUCAGUUUAAGAGAUUACAAACUCAACAGACCACUAAAGUAUGCAGUUGUGUGUUGUAUCCAUAAACUGAACAAAAAUGAAUAAACUUUCGAACAAUAGUGUAAAAAUUGCACAUUAUUAUACUCUCAAAACUCGCUCAGUUUCAUGGUCUGCAGAAAUCUGAAACCUGGUUACGUCGGCAGUUUCUUAAUAAAGGGGCAUAAAUGACCAGUACAUAAUGUAAGUUUAAUGUUUGAAAAUGUUUUACUGUCAGCUGUAUUUUAAUGUAAAAGAUUUUGUAAUGUACAUUUUGAAAAGCAAAUAAAAUUUAUUUUUAUACUGGUAUUAUUUGUGAAUAAGUAUGCAUGUACGUAAGAUAUGCACGUGUGUGUAUGUUCAUAUAUACAGUGUAUAUAUAAAACAAUUUGUAGUAUUAGAAUCAAGGUUCCUUACACUCAUAUUUACUUCAAAAUCAUGUUUAUGUGAAAGAAAACAACCUUUCAGCCUUAAAUUUAAAGGUUAAAGUUACAUCCAGAAAUGAGGGAAGUCUUACAGAGUCAGAAAAGUUUAGUUAAAAAAUAUGUUGAAAUUUACCAGCUUUGUAAGAAAAUUUUGGAGUCCACCUGGUAAACCUGAGACCAGAAAACUUAUUUCUGAACAAAUGCGAAUACCUGCUCACAGUGUAGCUGCAGCAAAAGACAGAAAAAACAAAUGCGAAAAAGUGAGAUAGCGUAUGUGGAGAAUUAGUAAUUUUUUUUCUUCUUGAGCUUCACUAUGAUGUGGACACUGAUGAUUGCACACAGCAUGAUGAACAGACCGGAGGAGAUCACUAUUAUCUUCAGCAUGCACACAGAGAUACCUGCAAAAACUGGAACUGAAACACACACACGAAAACAAACAGGGUGUUUGAUUUAACAGAGUGAUGCAGCAGGUGAAGACGGUGACAUUUCAGGACAACUGAAGAGGGGACAGGGAAUCAGCCUUGAUGUAAAACCUGAACUGAACAGAAAUUGUAAAGACUGACACGUCUGUGAGAUUAACAAAACCAAACUAGACUACACACUGGAGAAUAAACGUGUCUAUAGAGCUAUUUAUAAUGUUCGGUGACGCUCUUACCAAAACUGGUGGCUGAAGAAGCCAUUUAUAACACGACACGCUCACCGACAGAACCUCAGUUUGAAUUUUAGUUUAAGAGUCAGAACAGGACUUUACAUCUACCCAGACUUUGGAGUCAGAUUCAAGUUGUAACUUGUGCUCAUGUUGAUGUAAUCUCAGCUGGAAACCUUUAAACUUCAUCCUAUAUCUGAAGUAAUGUUCAAAUUAGGCUAGUUAGUUAGUUGCAUUCAAGUUCUAGUUAGUAGUAGUCAUGAGAUGACCGUUAAUCUGCUUUCUACACAACCUUUUUUGCUAAACUCUAAUGAAACCAGCUGCAGUGUUUGCGGACAACAAUGAUCAGACGGGCCUUUACGCCGAUUAUCAUGCAUCAUAAAAUUGAGACUGCGAACUGCUUACGAGGUCGCUGAUCAGCCCUCUCAGAGAUGAUUCAGCAUUUUGAAAACUGGUUUUGAAGAUACUGACCUUGUUUUAUUUUCAAGCUUUCCAUAAAUAUUACUUUAAUAUCAUUAUUGUGAUAAUCAUGAGGUGGAAAUCUGAUGUCAUGACAGCAGGUACGGUGCAUCAUUUCAGCAUUUUUGUUGGUAAAAAUCAGGCAAAAGUUUUUUCUAAACAUUACCUGUUAUAGUAUUUCAUAGAUAUUUGCUGAGACUCAGAGUGGGGAGCUUGUGUCUCAUUUAACUAAACGGCAAACAUUGCAUUAAUGUUUUAAAGUCUUACCAGCAUAUACGGUGCAGAAAUCUUCAAUCCAUUUGAUGUCCUCUGUCUUGCUGACCUGGUUGCUAUGGUAACAGAUGAUCGCACCAUCCUCCAGGUAGACAUGUAGAGGAGCAGCAGGUGUGGUAAACUCUGCUUCUGUCUCCUCUCUCUUCAGAGCAGGUUUGGUUGUCACAUGUGAAAGUUGCUCUGAUGAGAGAGUCCUGAGUGCUGCAGGUCACUGUGAGGUUGGAGGAGUCUGAGCUGCAGAAGUUCACGGUCAGACUCACCGGAGAUACUGGACCUGUGAGAAACAAGGAGAGAGUUAACAGUUUAGAAAUGAAGAGGAUACUUUACAACAAUAUUUGAAAUGUUCAGAGACUCACCCAGAACUGUGACGUUGUAUUGAGCUACAACUGUGAUGUUGUCAGAAACAUGAGCUCUGUGGUUCCCACUGUCACUCUGUCUCAGAUUCUUCAACAGCAGGGAGUAAUUUUGAGCAAAAAAAUCAGCCCGUCCUAAAAAGCUCUUGUAGAUUGUUUUGCUUGCAUCAGAAAAUUUUGCAAGACUUUGAGUUUCAUUUAAACUCCAUGUUAACUCACGGCCCUUCUCAAGAGCAACAGUGUCCUCCAAAUCCAGGAGGAAAUCCUCUCCAGUCUGCACAAACACAGGAGUCCCUGCACAUCGACAAUGAAUGACUUAAAUUAACUGAAAUAAAAUCAUUUCUUUUCCCUGCUGACAAAACAGUUGGAUUGCUGUUCCUUCUUCUUGGGCAUGUACAUUCAAUAAAAUGAAAAUGACUCCUACCUUGCACCUUUGCACAGAGCAGCAGCCCCAGAAUCAAAAAGACGGACAUCGUUGAGUCUCUGUUGUCCUCUCUGCUUCGAUGUGAAUGUCUCUGCUUCACUACAGGAACACACCUCAGAGAAAAAACCAUGCUGGUGAUGUGUUUUCCUGUCCAGCCCUGAAAGACAGUUGACAGACAAACCGUUUCUAUUCUUGAAGAUCAAGAAUAGAAACAGCUACAGUUAAACAUUUCUACAAGAGUAGAAAUGUGCAGAUGGUUCAGAAGGUAUCCUCGCAGCCUCGUGAGGCAGAGGCCAUCUCACCUUUACCCUCAGAUCCUGUGGUAGAGCCUUCAUCACCAGUCAGCGUUUCUGCUCUUUCUCCCCUCCAGCUGAGCGCUUCAGUGGAUUGCAAUGUGACCUCCCCUUCCGACCUUUCCAAGGAAGACUUAAUCAGCAGUGGAGAAGGAGAGUGACUUGUUUCGUCAUUGAGUUUGACACUCCUAGCUGCUGAGAGUGAUUGUCUCUGAAGGUCUGGAUUUCUGGAGUUCAGCCCACAACCCAGGUCAGUCAAGUCAGACCUGCAAGAGUGCCUCCUGUGCCCCUUGAAAUUGGGAUUUGCAACCCUGACAUUGACGGUGACAAACCCUCACGAUCAGGGAGAGCUUGUCUUGCCUGUGGCUGUAUCGCAGCGGUCUGAUGGAGUUCUUUUGGAGUCUAAAAUCAGUGAGAAACAUAACUGGAGGGGUUUCAAACUCCUCACACAGGGUCAGGAACCAUCAGGAGAACCAUCAUACCUGUCCCCUGACUUCAUCUCCACCCUUGUCUAGGCAGUACUUGGACUGUGAGAGUCCUGAUUUGUAAGAAAACUGAUGGUUGAGUUUGUUUGUCCCUCCUAGUGAGUGUUAAAAUAUGACCAUGGCUGAUGAAAAGACACAAACCUGCUAUAAAGAGAGUUUUAUUUUUAUAACAGCUUGUUAUUUUUUUUAAGAUCAGACCAGACUUUUUAGGGCUCUGAGGAAAUCAGCUCUGUCACAAGAUUCAUCCCACCUUCACACAAUUGUAUCAGAAAAAGAAAAAGAAAGAAAAAGUCAAACUGCUCAGAGUCUGUACUGUGAAAAAAUUCAAAUUUGCUUCUUGUACACCUUCUGUUACAGCCACUUCCUUUUUCCUCUAACUGUGUUUCACACCUCUUGCAUUUCCGGCAUGCAACAUAAAAAACUUGUGGUGAGCUGUCACAGUUUCCACAUCAGACUCAGUUCAGAGAAAAAGGAACAAGCGAACAAGCUUGUGUAAAAACUAUCCACUCUGAAUACCAGGAAACUGACCGAGAGUUAGUGGAGCCACACAAAGAUGAACAAAUAUUCAUUCAUGCUGUGGAAGAAAUAAGAUAUUUUCUCAGAUUUUUGCAGAAAAAGGCACAGAGAGAUAAGUGACAUGUUGAAUACACUCAAAAGAAAAAAAAUCCAAUAUACAACUUUUAGUUAAAGACAAUGUUAUGAUACUAGACUACAAAGGUGCUGAAUUCAUGGUUUUCACUCGUCCACCUCCUCCACCUGUCUCUGUGUUUUAGCACCAUCUACUGUGCAUCAGUGGAACAGUGUCAACUCAAGUCGCUUUCAGGCAAUCAGUUUGAGGUAUUUACAAGAUUAAUGUUGGAGGAGGGGUUUUGUUUCCUCCUCUUGGCCUUCUCUAUGAUGUGAACGCUGAUGACGGCACACACCAUGACGAUCAGACCAGCAGAGAUCACUAUGAUCUUCACUCUGCACAGAGAGAAGUUUGUGGAGACGACCUGGAGAUCUGAAAAACAACAACAAAAAACAUCACAAAAGAGGUGCAGCUGAUCGACUUCAACAUCAACACAAGAGUGGAGUCAGAAAUAAAUCACCUAGAUCAGAGAGCAUUUUUAGCUCUAGGUAUUUCCAAUUUGACCAGACUUUGAACUUUGUUUAUUUGUGAGUUUUACCAUAAAGUCUUACCUGGACACCUUUCACAAAAGUCUUCAAUCUUUGUGAUGUCUUUUUCCCUGCUGACCUGGUUGCUAUACUCACAGAUGACUGACUCUUUAUCCAGGUAGACAUGUAGAGAAGGAGCAGGAGCAGUAAAAUUAACUCGGUCCCCUCUCUCUUCAGAGCAGGUUUGUUUGUCACAUGUGAAAGUUGCUCUGAUGAGAGAGUCCUGAGUGCUGCAGGUCACUGUGAGGUUGGAGGAGUCUGAGCAGCAGUUUACGGUCAGACUCACUGGAGACACUGGAUCUGUGAGAAACAAGGAGUGAGUUAACAGCUUUUAAACAAGAAAAAAACUAUAAAUUACUAUUCAAAAUGUUCAGAGACUCACCCAGAACUGUGACCUUGUAUUCAGCCACAUCUUUGUUAUCAUCUCCAGUAACAUGAGCUCUAUAAUCUCCACUGUCACUCUUUGUCACGCUCUUCAACAGCAGAGAGAAAUUAUGCACAAAGAAUUCAGCCCUUCCAAGAUAAUCUUUGAAAACUGGUGUCCCAUCUUUAGGAAACCUUGAUAUACCUUUAGACUGAUCAUUAUUAUUUAGUGUUACUCUCCAUGUAAUUUGAUCUUCCUCUCCUAGAGUAACAGGUGUUUGGAUGUCCAGGAGUAAAUCCUCUCCUGUCUUCACAAACACAGGAGUCACUGCAAAAAGAACAGUUAUUAAAACUAAUACAAUUUGAUUUAUUUACAUUAAAAUAAAUUAUCUGACUUCUAGUAUGUUAACAUUAUUGCUAAACCCACAGAAAUGAAUCAGCUGACUGAAGGUGCAAAGACACUUGUAAUUAACUUUCCAUUAAAUCAAGUUCAGAUGAUGCUGCUGGACUGUAGUCCUUUGUACGUUUGAUCUUUACUUUUAUUUUUAACUUGAACAUAACCACGAAACAUUUGAUUUACGGCCUCAGAACACACUGUUAAGUUUCAGGUUUAAACAUAAGUGAAUAUUUGUCUCGUACCUUCAGCCUUUAUGCCGAGCAGCAGUCCCAGAACCAAAAAGAUGGACAUCAUGAAGUCUCUGCUGUCCUGUCUGUCCUCAAAGCUGAACUGAGUGUCUGUUUUAAUUUAAUAAUUCACCACAGGAUGUGUUAUUUCUGUCACAGCCACAGUGCAAGACGGUUUAGCCUGUAAGAGUCUAAAGCUUGUCUACUUGCUAUUAAAACCACUUCCUUUUUUUCUUUAUCUGCAUGCUAAUUCUUUUUCAGUACAACCAAAAAUCUGUUUUUGCUUCACCAACUCUUCUCCUGACAACAAAGUGAACAAAAAGAAAAUGGAGAAAAAGUCUUUCCAGAAAUAUCGUUCAGCACUGUUGAGUAGAAAUGUCACAAAAGUUUGGACUGAUUUCUUUAUGUCUGUGUUUUUGUUGAUGUAAAUCUCUCUGGGUCUGUUGUCUGUGAAAUCUGCUUCAUAAGUUAAAUGUGCUUACUCAUGUACUCACAGUAUGACUCAGCUUUUUUAAUUUUGAUUGUUGUUGUUUUCCUCUCUGUGUGUUUCACUUUGAACCUGCAUUUAUGGACAAAGCAGCAAACUUUGUUCACAUACAAUUCUGUUGGAACACGUUUUUAAGCCCUUGUGGUGAUUCCCACUACAGAGUCAUGUCUGUUUUUAAUAGACUGCUGCCCAGGAGCCCAAACUUUAGGGCUAUCCUGAACUAGUUUUUGUUUUUGUCUUUUUUUUUUUUUUAGGAAAAAAGUGCUUAUUCAAACCUGAGAAUCAUCAUUUGAAACGACUCAAAAUGCACAAAUGCACAGAGCCACACAAAUGUUCAUAUAGAUUAAUUGUUCUAAUGCAAAGUAAGUCAAUAUUUUGUAGGUGCUUCCGGCAAAUGACAUCUCCAGAGUUCACCUUUAAUAUUGUUAUUCUGCAAAGUUAACUCAUAUAAAAGGGGCUGAAAAAGAUCAAUUUGAAAAGAUAAGUUUAAUGAAUGAAAAUCAAUGAAAAACAGUAUUGAAUAAAAGAAAAAAAGCGACCAGGCUGUAUAUGAAAGCGCUGAAUUCAUGUCUAGGAUUAGAUCUUCACUUCCUCUUACUGAACUUCUCUAUGAUGUGAACGCUGAUGACGGCACACACCAUGAUGAUCAGACCAGCAGAGGUCACUAUGAUCUUCACUCUGCAGGGGGAGAUGUUUGAGGAGACGUCCUGGAGAUCUGAAAAACAACAACAAAACAUCAUAGAAGAGGUGCUGAUGAUCAACUUCAACAUCAACACAAGAGUGGAGUCAGAAAUAAAUCACCUAGAUCAGAGAACAUUUUUAGUGUAAAGUAUUUCCAAUUUGACCAGACUUUGAACUUUGUUUAUUUUUGAGUUUUACCAUAGUGUCUUACCUGGACACUUUUCACAAAACUCUUCAAUCUUUCUGAUUUCCACUGUCCUGCUGACCUCGUUGCUAUGCUUACAGAUGACUGACUCUUUCUCCAGGUCGACAAACAUAGAACUAGCAGGUGCAGUUACUUCUCCUCUGUCUCCUCUCUCUUCAGAGCAGGUUUGUUUGUCACAUGUGAAAGUUGCUCUGAUGAGAGAGUCCUGAGUGCUGCAGGUCACUGUGAGGUUGGAGGAGUCUGAGCUGCAGGAGUUCACGGUCAGACUCACUGGAGACACUGGAUCUGUGAGAAACAAGGAGAGAGUUAACAGCUAUGAAACAAGAAAAAAACUAUAUAUUACUAUUCAAAAUGUUCAGAGACUCACCCAGAACUGUGACCUUGUAUUCAGCUGCAUCUUUGCUAUCACCACCAAAAACAUGAGCUCUAUAAUCUCCACUGUCACUCUUUGUCACGCUCUUCAACAGCAGAGAGAAAUUAUUAGCAAAGAAUUCAGCCCUUCCUUGAUAAUCUUUGAAAACUGGUGUCCCAUCUUUAGGAUAUCUUGAUAUACUUUUAGACCUAUCAUUAUUAUUUAGUGUUACUUUCCAUGUUAUUAGAUCAUCCUCUCCUAAAGUAACAUGUGUUUGGAUGUCCAGGAGUAAAUCCUCUCCUGUCUUCACAAACACAGGAGUCACUGCAAAAAGAACAGUUACCAAAAUCAUUAAUACAAUUUGAUUUAUUUAUAUUAAAAUAAAUGAUCUGUCUUCUAGUAUGUGAACAUUAUUGCUAAACCCACAGAAAUGAAUCAGCUGACUGAAGGUGCAAAGACACUUGUAAUUUACUUUCCAUUAAAUCAAGUUCAGAUGAUGCUGCUGGACUGUAAUCCUGUGUAAGUUUGAUCUUUACUUUUAUUUUUAACUUGAACAUAACCACAAAACAUUUGAUUUAUGACCUCAGAAAACACUGUUAAGUUUCAGGUUUAAACAUAAGUGAAUAUUUGUCUCGUACCUUCAGCCUUUACACAGAGCAGCAGUCCCAGUAUCACAAAGAUGGACAUCAUGAAGUCUCUGCUGUCCUGUCUGUCCUCACAGCUAAAGUGAGUGUCUGUUUUACUUUAAUAACUCACCACAGGAUGUGUUAUUUCUGUCACAGCCACAGUGCAACACGGUUUCGCCUGUGAGAGUCUAAAGCUUUUCUACCUGCUAUUAAAACCACUUCCUUUUUUUCUUUGUCUGCAUGUUAAUCAUUGAGUAAAACCUUAAAUCUGUUUUAGCUUCACCAACUCGUCUCCUGACAACAAAGUAAACAAAAAUAAAAAGGAGAAAAAAGUCUUUCCAGAGAAAUUGUUCAGCACUGUUGAGUAGAAACGUCACAAAAGUUGGUUUGGACUGAUUUCUUCAUGUCUGUGUUUUUGUUGAUGUAAAUCUCUCUGGGUCUGUUGUCUGUGAAAUCUGCUUCAUAAGUUAAAUGUGCUUACUCAUGUACUCACAGAAUGACUCAGAAUUUUAGUUUUAAUUGUUGUUGUUUUCCUCUUUGUGUGUUUCACUUUGAACCUGCAUUUAUGGACAAAGCAGCAAACUUUGUUCACAUACAGUUCUGUUGGAAGAAGUUUUUAAGCCCUUGUGGUGAUUCCCACUACAGAGUCAUGUCUGUUUUUAAUAGACUGCUGCCCAGGAGCCAAAAGAUCAGGGCCAUCCUGAACUGUUUUUUUUUGGAUGAUGGACAGUUUCACUGAAACUAUAGAACAUUUAUUAAAUGUUUUACUGGCGUCGGAUUUUAAACAAGGAAAUAAAAAAAGAAAUGAAGCAACAACAUGAAUAGAAGCUGCUUUAAUUAGUUUCCUCAUAGACCAAAAAGUGCUCAUUUAAACUUGAGAAUCAUCAUUUAAAACAUAUAAAAAAUGCACAAAUGCACAGAGUCACACAAAUGUUCUUAUAGAUUUAUUGUGCUAUCAAAGAAAGGCGAUAUUUUUUAGGUAUUUCCAGCAAAUAACAUCUCCAGAGUUCACUUUUAACAUUGUUUUUCUGCAAAGUUAACUCAUGUAAAAGGGGCUAAAAAAGGUCAAUUUGAAAUGAUAAGAUAAAUAAAUGAAAAUCAAUGAAAAACAGUAUUGAAUAAAAGAAAAAAAGCAACCCAACUGUAUAUGAAAGUGCUGAAUUCAUGUCUAGCAUUAGAGCUUCACUUCCUCUUCCUGAACUUCUCUAUGAUGUGAACACUGAUGACAGCACACACCAUGAUGAUCAGACCAGCAGAGGUCACUAUGAUCUUCACUCUGCAAGGAGAGAUGUUUGCAGAAACGUCCUGGAGAUCUGAAAAACAACAACAAAACAUCAUAGAAGAGGUGCAGCUGAUCAACUUCAACAUCAACACAAGAGUGGAAUCAGAAAUAAAUCACCUAGAUCAGAGAGCAUUUUUAGCUCUAGGUAUUCCCCAUUUGACCAGUUUUGAACUUUGUUUUUCUGCAAGUUUUACCAUAAAAUCUUACCUGAGCUCUUUUCACAGAGGUCAUCAAUCUUUCUGAUGACUUUUUCACAGCUGACCUCGUUGCUAUGCUUACAGAUGAUCGCAUCAUCCUCCAGAUAGACUCUGAGAGACGCAUCAGGUGUGGCAAACUCUGCUCCUUCUCCUCUCCCUUCAGAGCAGGUUUGGUUGUCACAUGUGAAAGUUGCUCUGAUGAGAGAGUCCUCGGUGCCGCAGGUUACUUUGAGUUUGGAGGAGUCUGAGCUGUUGGAGUUCACGGUCAGACUCACUGGAGAUACUGGAUCUGUAGGAAACAAGGAGAGCUUCAACAACAGUUUAGAAAUGAGGAGGUGUUUUAUUUUUAUGUUUGAAAUAUUCAGAGACUCACCCAGAACUGUGACCUUGUAUUCAGCCACCUCUUUGUUACCAUAACCAUAAACACUCGCACUGUAAUCUCCGUUGUCUCUCUUUGUCACUUUCUUUAACAGCAGAGAGAAAUUAUGUGCAAAAAGUUCAGCCCUUCCUGAAUAACUGUCGUCAACUCGUAGUCUCGUAUUCAAUAACCAUGCAAUCUCUCUAUAGACAUUUAAACUCCAUGUUAUGCGAUCAUUCUUUGUACGAGUAAAAGGUGUUUGGACGUCCAGGAGCAAAUCCUCUCCUGUCUGCACAAACACAGGAGUCCCUGAAGAAAAGAACAGAUAUUAAAAUCAUUAAUAUGAUACGAUCAAUAAAAAGCUGAGUCUGUAUGUUGACGCUAUUGCUAAACUUAUAAAAACGAAUCAGCUGACUGAAGGUGCAAAGACACUGUAAUUCACUCCACAUGAAAUCAAGUUCAGAUGAUGCUGCUGGACUUCAGUCCUGAGUACGUUUGCUCUAUACUUUUAUUUUUAACUUGAAUAUAAACAAUAGAAAUUUAAUUUAUGACCUUUAUAAAACACUGUUAGGUUUCAGUUUAAAGUUAAGAGAAUAUUUGUCUCGUACCUUCAGCCUUUACGCAGAGCAGCAGUCCCAGAAUCACAAAGACGGCCAUCAUGGAGUGUAUGCAGUCUUGACGGCUGAACUGAGCGUCUGCUCCACUUUAAGAACUCACUACAGGAUGUGUUACUGCUAUCAAACCGGCAAAGAUUAUCAGGGAGAUUGAAAACACUGCAAAUAAAACUGCUUCAUUUAAUUCUUAUAUCUGUAUUUACAACUCUGCAGUUGUGCAACACGAAAUUAACAGUUUCCUCUAAUAAAAAAAAAAAGACCUCCUUUACACCUCUUAUGUCAUGAAAUCCUCAUUAUCUAUUUUCUGUUGAAAAAUGGUCAUCUUGAUUAAACAUGUUUUUCAUAUGAAAAUGACUCUGUGCUGGAUCCGAUCUAGAUAAAGGCCCAGAGCUUAGGUCUGAGAUCAGCUGACCAAUCAUGCGACCUGUGCUGUGCCCCACAGGGUGUGUCCUCUGCUCUCUACCUGACCUCUGUUAAAGGUGCAUUGUGCAGAAUUUUGCAGCAUUUCCCCAAAGAACCUGAAUAAAUAAUGCAGAGGUUUGUUUGGAUAAGGUUGUAUUGAAUUAAAUAUAUUUAAUAUAUGUUAUAAGUGGGGAUUUUGGUCUGGAAAUUCUGGUGGGGCCAUGCAGGAAAAUCACAUACUGCAAUCCAGAAAUACCAGAUAUUACUCUCAUACCCUGUAAGAGAGAGUGGACCACAGCACCUUUGACGACAAAACUGCAGCUGAGUAAGACCAUCACACAAACAAUGUCAACCUGGCGACAUGUAUUAUCAUACCAAUAGCGCCACCAAAUGGCAGCGUUCAAGACCUCACAAUGUCAAAUACUUGAGAUCAAAACAACGUGACAAUAAUACAAACACAACCUAAUACACAACAAUCAAUAUACAAAGCCACUAAACACAAUAUACCACAGCCAAACAGCCAUUUUAGCACCAAAGACAGGUGAACAGCACCCUUGGGGAGCCCAUGUAAGAUUGUGUCAACCAAACACAUUAAGCAUUACAUGAAUUUGACUUUUAUUCAAACAAUAUGUAAACUAUAUUAUAAAGUCGACGUAUAGUAAUAGACUCACCGAUGUGGAUCACUUUUUGAAGAGGAAUGACGCUCUGCUGUUCUUCAUGUGCACAAACUUCUUUGUGACCUUUCUGUUAAAUUCCAACAGUCCACGGAUGAGUUCACUUUGCCAUGUUGCGUUACCACGGUAGCCGAGCUAGCGAGACCUGUGCAGUUCCCACACUUUCUUCUAAUCAGCCAAUAAGAAGUGCUCCAGGGCCCUGAACAUCAGGCUCCACUGCCGUAACAGUGCACUACACACGGGCAACUGUAUCUUGACUGUACUCCACCGAGCGGAAACAGAGGCACAAUGAACUAUUCGCACACAACAGCGCACUACUGAAAGUAGAGAAAUUGCAUUGAUUGGAUGAAAACUGCAGACAUCUCAGUGUGGACAAAGUUGAUUUUUAUAUUAUUUAUGCUCAACGACAUUUUUGACACAGGAAAACUGAAAAAAUAAAAUUAAAAAAAGGUUAGAAUCCUCCCCUGCACAGCAGCACCCUCUGAUAGGGCCGUGCCCCGAUGGCCCCUAAAUAUGCAAAGAUGCCAUUGUAUAUUAUACCACAGAAGCAGCAUGUUGCACAGCCAUUCUUUCUACUGUAGCUCACACAUGACAAACUAGCAGUAACCAAAGGUGUAAAGACAAUCAGUGGUAGGACAGAGAGAGAUCAGUUGUUGUUUGUGCACAAACAAAUAAAGUUUUUAAUCUCAAAUAUUUGACAAAUAUCACAGGAACAUUAAUCCAAGUUUUAGAAAAAAACAAACACAAGGACAAAAAACAAGAUCAGGACAAGAAUCAGGUUUAUAUCAGUGUUUUCAUUCAUAGAUUGAUGACAAAUUUAUGCCUGAAGAUUGACACUGAAGUUUUGAGUUUUCUGCUGGACGUGUAAAAGACGGUUUAUUAAUUCCAAGUUACUUUAGUUUACAGAGGAAUGAGAAAUAAGUGAGAAGUCUGAUGUCCAAUCAGAAUUCUGAGAUGAAAAUUCAGAUUUAAAAACCUCCAUUUCUUUUUUAAGAGGUCUUUUUCCUCUUUUGGUUCAUAUUACAUUCUGCUCAUAUAAAUAAAAAAUAUUAUUGUCGUAUCACAUGAGAAGAAACCCUCAGACACACGAAAUAAAUCACACAAAGCGUCACUGAUAAAAAUGCAGUUUGUUUAUUUCAAGCAUUACAAAUGUGCAGCACUCAUAUCCUGACAAAGAACAGUUUUUUUUCUUUACUUGCAAUAAUAGGUGAAACAGCAUGAAAUCUGCAUCAGAGGCGAGUACUGUACUCGUCCUGCAGACGCACACUUCCACAACCAAAUCCAGAUCUUGUUAAAGAACAUUUACUAAUCACACAGCUGCUAAUUUAGAUGAAGCUUGUUACAAUCAAUCAGUGUUUGUCUGAUCUACCUGAAAUAUCAGAAGUCUGCCUCUACUCUGGGUACUGUUUCGAUAAAUUAGUUCAGUUAUAUGGAAUGUAACAUCUGAAUAUUUCAGAAAUAUAGCUACACUGAGGAAAUAUGUAAGGUCCAAUAAUAUGUGUAUGUUGUUUGUAUUGUUCUAGUUUUGUUGUUUUGUUUUUGUCUUGUUGGCUGUUGUGAGUUGUUGUUGUUAUCGACGUUUUCUUUGUGUUGGUGGCGUGAUGUUUUCUGUGGCUGUGCACUACAGUGGAGAGGUAAUUGUAAAUGUAGACUCCAGGAAGAAAAGCAAUGGCCUAAGCAAAAGCUAAUGGAGAUCUAAAUAAAUGAAAAAAAAAAAAAAGAAGUGUCAUAAAAGCUGCAGAUCCCUGUCCUCAGGGUGCAUUCAGCUUAGCAGUUUGAGCUAUUUACAGGAUCUUAGGUAGAAAAUAAGACGUUUAUUUCCUGCUCUUGACUUUCACCACGAUGUGAAUGCUGAUAAUGACACACACCAUGAUGAUCAGACCAGCAGAGACAAUAAUCUUCACUGUGCACAGAGAGGUGCUAACAGGAACGUCUUUGAUAAAACCUGAAAAACAACGAUAAGAAAUAAAGGGUUAUGCACUAAGAGUGGGGUCAGAAAAAUCCCUAAAAUGUUCAGACUUACCCAGAACUGUGACGUUGUAUUCAGCUGCAUUUGCGGCAUCAUCACUGAAAACACGAGCUCUGUAACGUCCACUGUCCCUCUGUGUCACGUUCUUCAACAGCAGAGAGAAAUUCAUCCCAAAAAAUUCAACCCUUCCUGAAUAACUGCUGAAAAUGACAGGCCCCAUUUCAGAAAAUCUAGCGAUGUAUUUUGUGUUAUUUACUCUCCAUAAUAUUUGAUCUUUCCCUUUUAGAGUCACAUUUGUUUGGACGUCCAGGAGUAGAUCCUCUCCUGUUUGCACCAACACCGGAGUCACUGCAAAACAAGAGCAGAGACACACUUGAAACUCCUCAUGAAGUCAACAAACGCUAGAUCUACACAGGAUUUGAUCUACACAUAAUUUUAUUUUUAGCUCAAACACAACCUUGAAAACUUUCUGACCUUAUAUCCUAUGACCCUUUAUCUUUACUACACUGUAUUUUGCUAAAUGCCUAUCAUUAUUAUUAUUAUAAAUAGUUAUCGAAUAAUAGGUUAAAGUGCGACCGUCUAAAUUCCGUCUAAAAAUAUACAGAAUCUAGACGGUUGAAAUUAGGUCUAUAAAAAAAAUAGAUGUCUAAUAGCCGUCUAUUGCUCAGUGGGAAGAUACUGUGCUGUUCUAUCCUUUUUUCAACUGGUGAAAUUUGGCAUCAGAAGUAAUGCAGGAAUGUCAAGGCGAUAACACCUUUCUUGCAUUUUAACUGUUUAAAGUCUCAAACAUGCAUAAAGACUCCAGACACGUUUACUGCCAUAAAAUGAGACUACUGUGAUUGCCUCUCUGAGAUACGACAGAUAUAUGUGAAUAUUCGCCUCUUACCUUUAGCCUCUACGCAAAGCAGCAGUCCCAGAACCACGAAGACGGACAUCAUGAAAGCUGUGCUGUCCUGAUGGCUGAGCUGAGCGUAUGUUUCAUGGUAAAAACUCACCACAGGAUGCCAAACCCACAAAGAUUAUCAGAGGAACUUAGGGCGUGAAUUUCCUUCAAUCAUGAGCAGCUUCUUUACAGCUGUAUCUUUAAGUCAGGUUCAAGUUCCUGAAGUGGAUUUUCAAGAUACUGCUGAUGGUUAAGUGAGGUCAGUGUCUGUUCUGUGUUAACUCUUGUGAUCGGAGCGUUAAGUUAGUUUGUGGAUGAUUUGAAUGUGAAAAUUAGUAAAGAAAUGAAAAACAAGAGAAACUAUAAUCUGGUGCAUCAAAACUAAAAGGCUUCUUUAAAAUCUUACAUUUAAAUCCACUAAAACCAGAUCCUUUUACUCGUUGUCUGCGAGUUAAAUCCUUUGAAUGCAUGCAACAUGAGGUCAAGUGUGGCUGUUCCCUUUACAGAGUCAUCAUUAGCACUCUGCAUCAGCCUGCUCAAGUUUGCACCUUUCUGCUCAGACGACAUCCAGGCAGCGCAAUCAGCACAGCGCCUCUUUAACACAGAAAAUGAGAGGCUGCAGGUCCUCCAAAAUACUGAAUUUGUGAUAAAUUUUUACCCUUUCUGUGAGAAUAUAUUUCAAUAAAAAACUAUCAGUGGAGAGUCCCAAUCCUUUCGCAAGUUUGUGAGUCAGUUUGUGUGCAGUUUCCACCACCCACCCAGCGCAGAGAGAUGAAGAAAAAAGGUUGGUAGGGUUUUUGUCAUGAGGGGGGAAAGGGGACUUCCAAAGACACAAAUGUUUUCUGUACAUACAAAAAACAUGCAGUUAAUAACCCUAAAAUACUACUUUUUUAAAAACCUCGCCCAAAAUUUCUAUGAUGGUUUCAUUGUCGAAAGAAGAGCAAAGGAAGCUGAGGUUCAGAUUAGUCCUACGCCCGGGUUUGUAGGCCUUUUUGAGACAGCAUCAAACAGGAAACUUUUUUUUUGGUAGGUAAAGCGCUGCUGUGACAUUAAAAAUAACCUCAGACUGAACCUGCUCCGUCUAUUCCCACAACAGUUUCAAGAGCACACAGUCAAUUCACAACCCCGGCAUGGUUUGGCUAGAGGCAGCAGCUGCUCUUUGUGCAAGGAGCAGCUGCAAAAUGAGCCUCGGCUGGCUACUGGUGUGCACAAAAGUAGACGGGCUCAUUGGACUCCCUACAGGGGACAGCACACAGGAGCUGCAGUGAUGAAGCAGGUUUAACUUCUUCUUUCCCAGUGAAUCCCUUUGAAUCCAGGUCUUACUAGGUUCCUGAUUUGAUUAUUUUUACGCCACUUUAUUCUUUACAAUUUACACAAUGAAAAAAGUUUGUAAAAAUCACAAUAGCCUAAAUCUGCUCAUCGCACAAUGAUGCAGGAGAAUGCUCAGUAUUGAUUUUGUUGGCUCAAGGUUCUAUCCUAGGACCACUUUUGUUUACCCCAUACCUGCUUCCACUUGGCCACUUACUGAGGGUGGUUUUUACUGUUAUGCAGAUGACAUAAGGAUUCAAAGGAGUCUAAUUUGUCUUUCUAGUCAGGAGAAAAGAACGAAACUAGAACUGAGGACCUGUUACCAGCCAUAAAGACAACAAUAUUUGCAGCACGCCUUAACCUAAAUAAAAAUAAAAGUUAGUGGCGAACCGUGAGCUCCACAGCUGGGCCCUCACCUCAGCCAUCACCACAAUAAAACUCUCCGCCAGAAGAAACCAACAGGACAUGAACUCCAAGAUAACUGGAAGUAAAUUAGGCUACAUAGUUGAAAUCAAAUAAACACAAUAAAAAGCUAAAAUCUGAUAAUAUAAAAUUAGGUCACACAGAAUGACAUAUCUGAGAAUAUCACCCAGUGACUCUGUUGAAAUUACAGCCUAUAAUUUUACCAUAUAAAACAAAUUAAAGUCUUAAUUUACAUUUAUAAGUUCCACAACAACACCUUCUUAAUUCUCUACUGAGUAGGAAGCACAAAGGAGGGCAAGAGGGAAAUUAGACAUUGAAUUAGAGGCAAUUUGCGCUGGACUUUUUACAAGCAACAUCCGCAAUGAAGACAAAUAACUAAAUAACUGAAUAAUCCUUUGGUCCGCAAUAUUAUCCCAUGUGAAUAAUUAUUAAGCUGGUUAUAACAGGCCUACCUUACCAGAUGAAAACUUUGUCCAUUCGUCGUGCCCGUCUUAGUUAAUGAAGCGGACGAUGGCAGCUGAUAAUUCCACCUUGAAAUCCACUUUUUAAACCUUUUCUUGUAAGUCUAAUUCUCGAGUUGGUCUUCCGUUUUUCAUUAUUUGCGGGUUUUCCGUGAAGGGCCGACUUGAAAAAGACGAUGCUAAACUAGCCAAACCGUCGCUCUCGUUCGCGGCAAUUUGAAUCUUCCGCUCUAACGGCCGUGAUAAGAUGACGUUGGUCAGACUUCAGGAAGGCUCGAGGGUCUCUUUUUUGUCCCGCCCACGUAAAAUCCAAUCCCGAUUGGGAUUCACUCUCCAACCCUAAAUACGUAGCUUUGCCUUUGCCUUUGCCCUUACGCACGCUGUUAGCCAAUGGAGACCGACGUCCGCACAUGGCGGCCAUCUUGCUAUAGGCAGCUCGUCCACUUACAACAUUACAGUCUACGGUGCAUGUAUCAGUUAAAUAACCAUAGAUUGCUCAAUUUGAAACCGAUUUUCGAACGGUUUGGUUUGUAAAAAUCUCAGAGUUUUAGUAAUGUUGCUGCAUACUCAAAAAUAAUUUAACCAUGGCAUUUCAUAAAUAAAUGUUUAUCAAGUAGGUAGAGCAAUAGCUAUAGGCCUACACACACAGCAGAUAUUUUAAAUCAUUUAACAUUUAAUCAUUCCACGUAUGUUAUAUUAGUAAUAUUUCUAUUAUAGGGAUAACUGUAAUAACAUAUGACAAUAACAUAUGUAUUUAUAAGGCUGUCACUUAGAUGAAAAAUAUAGGCUGUCAUACAAGAAAUUAAAAUCUCGAUUGUGGUCUCAGCCUUGACAACUCACGCAAAGCAGCUCAAAGUUAAUCCUCUGGGAUUAAUAAAGUAUCUAUCUAUCUAUCUAUCUAUCUAUCUAUCUAUCUAUCUAUCUAUCUAUCUAUCUAAAUAGCCGUGAAACAACUGUGCUGCACAAUUAAGCCCUUUUUCCUCAAAAAAAACUGCCAUUUCAGUUGUCCAAGCAUUCCGACUCAGAAAACAGAACCAUUUAUAAAUCUGUCAAGAUUUCAACAAGUUGAGAAUAUUUUUGAUCAUGCAGAUUACUCAACUUCUGUCAGGUACCAUAGAGCAUACCAGAAUGGUAAACCGGAGUAAGAUGGCUGCCGUGUAGGGAUGCCAGUGACUCAGUUUCUAGCUGUCUAGCCUUUCUUAUAGAUAAAUAUGUUUAUAGAAAUGAACAAUUGUCUGCCAGGAUUUCUGACUGUAGGCUUAGCUUCAAAACAUACAUGAGAAAAAAAAAUAUUAAUUAUAGUGUAUUAGAUAAAAUGAGAUGAAAAUUGUAGGCCCUGAAGGUUCCCCUCUGAUAACAAUACUAUUUACAAUUAUGUUCAUCUAAACACUGGAGUACAAAACAGCAGAGGUGGAUGCAAACAGGCUUAUAACACCUGCCCAUAGAAAGUCUACAGCCUUACAACCACAGUGAGACUCUAGGAUCCUCCAAUCAGACAUCAGUGUGAGAAAUUUCAGCUCUAUAUGAUAUGACCACUUCCUCUCUUAAUCACUCAAGUAUUAUGGCUCUGAAGCUGCUUCUUCUCUCUUUGUCUCUGCUGCAUUUGAGCCAAACACAAAGUAAGUUUAUUUAUCUUGUUUCCCUUUUUAGUAAGUUGUUCUGCUGUAUUUUGAAAUGAUGAAAUACUGAGAAAAUAUUGAAUGCCUCAAGAGGACUUUUUACCAAGACAGUCUGAAUAUCAAACUGAACUUUACAAAAAAUUAGGAUUAUAAGUAUAUUAGUCACAGCCUGCUAAAGAAUUUGUGUUUUAAAUUCACUUAAAAACACUGCGAUGCAGUCAAACGCAGAAAAUGCAACUGCUAUCAGGGUCUUAAAUGGUCAUUUUUUGGGGUAAGGGUACAGAAACAAGAAGGAUCCGCCUCGUGUCGCUCUUGGUCCUCACCACCAUCUUUUGUUUUGAAUGAAAACCCAUUUUCAACCUUCUUCAAUGAUACAAAUCUUAUUUCUUUGUUUUGUAUUCGAGUUUUAUUUUCUGUGUAUUCUCCCUUGUGUUCCCUGUGUGUCAUUAUUACUGGUGAUUUCUGUGUCAUGUUUCCAGUAACUAUUAUUUUCUGUGUAGUCUUAUUUUACUUCCUUGGUUUUCCCUCCUUUUUCAAUAACUCGUUAGUCUCACCUGUUGCCCGUUUCUCAGUGUGUAUAUAAUCUGUCUCUUUCGCUCUUUCUGUGUUGUUUUUAAUUUAGCUUUGUCAUUUCCGCAAAGCGACAGAAGCCGAUCUCAUGAAUAAUGUUUGAUCGCAUUGACAGGCAGAGCCCUCUGAGGUAGGGGGAAGUAUUUAGGGCCACAGAGAGUGCGUUUUCAUGAAACAAAGGUCAUGAACUUCACUAAAGAAAUAUAGCAAGCUUUUUUACUUUCAGUUGAGGCUGUGACCUUGACCACAAAAACAUGACAAGCAACUGUUUCUCAUGAGAAUUUGUCUCAGCAGGAUGUGGCAACCGAUCUGUCUGUCUGUCUGUCACCUUGUUUCAUUGACUCUCUUCCUUAAUGUGGGUUUAUUCUUCUGCUCAGUGCGACACAUUUUUCUUUUUGCAUUUCACAGGUACAAGAAAGGAUUGCAUUUACUUCAGAAGAGCAAUAAUCCAUUUUUUUUUUCUGAAUGGACAUGAUAAUUCUCUCAGAAUUUUGAGACAUUUCGUGGUCGUCAUCAAUAUGCGACAAACGUCACCAUUGUACGAGACCACAAACACCCGGAAAGCAAUUUGUGCUUUGUGCGCAUGCGGGUCACUUCACGGACGCAUUCCAUUCACAUUAGAUGCAGCAUUCGUUGUUGUAAUGGGAACGACCACACAAAAAGAUCAGAUUUAACAAAAAAUAUGAAUUAUGCAUCAUAACCUGCAGUAUAACCAUAGUCUUGUAUGACAGAAAUUCUGCCAAAAAAAGGUCACAAACGCCCUCAGAUUUUCCCUAAAUUCAAUCUUUCAUUCUCUGUAUGUAUUUUCUCUGUUACUCGAGCCCGCCACACAGUCUUGAGGCGACUCCUGUAUCCAUUUCUGGUAUCGCCACAAUUAAUUACAGGUUAUUUUAAUGUGUUUUUAAGAUGAUAACAGGCUCAGGAAAUCAUAAUGGAUCCAUUGACAUUCUGGAAAUGCACUAAUUAUCGCCACAAAGUUGACUGUCUUACCACGAAAUAUAAGGAUUAUAUAUGAGAUUGUACCCAUGAUGCUGAGACAUUUAUGAACAUGAUAAACCUAUAAAUGAAACAUACGUCUUAAAUAUAAUCAGAGCUAAUAUCUGGCUGACAUUAUUGAAUGCUAAAUUGCUGAUGUUAGCUUAAACCAUUCUUAAACUGGUCUUAGGUAGUCAGUUCUCCCCCCACUCCAAGUCAGGUGAUAAUUUAAGGUUACACAAUCCCUUUCACAAACACAUAUGGGAUCGUGGUAAUAUAAAGACAGGAUUGCAGUUGUUCUAACACAGAGAUAAUUUUGUUUUCAUCUUUUCCAGCUGACAGAAAGAGAACUGAUGUGUUUGUGCAGACGGGCAAGGACAUACGACUGGAUGUCGAGGCACGUGAACUAUUCGAAACUGAAUAUUUCGCAUGGAAUGUCAACAGAUAUACACCUAUUGCAAAUUUAUAUUAUAACGGUGGUUGGGAGAUAGUCACUAAAUAUAAAGAAAGAGCUGAAUUUUUCCCUCUGAAUCACUCUUUAUUGUUGAAGAAUGUGACAAAGAGCAACACAGGGGAUUACAUGGCAGAAAUUCGAGGGAACAGUAACAAAGUGUUACUUGAAUAUAGGGUCACAGUUCUGGGUAAGUUCCUGAACACUGUUAACACUGACACAGAGGAGAUCAUGUUUCAAAACUCUUGUUUGCACUUACUUUCCUACUCUCACAGAUCCAGUAUCUCCAGUGAGUCUGACUGUGAACUGCAGCUCAGACUCCUCCAACCUCACAGUGACCUGCAGCAUUCAGGACUCUCUUAUCAGAGCAACUUUCACAUGUGACAACCAAACCUGUUCUGAAGAGAGAGGAGACAGAGGAGAGUUUGCCACACCUGGGACCUCUCUCAGAGUCUAUCUCGGAAAUGGCUCAGUCAUCUGUAACCAUAGCAACGAGGUCAGCUGGGAAAAAGACAUCAAGAAGAUUGAAGACUUUUGUGAAAGGGGUGGAGGUAAGACUCAGAGACUAAACAAUCUGACAGGAAUUCACACUGUAGUUUGAAGCCUCAGUGAAAAUGAUAUGUAGUUUGCUGUUCAUGUGUUCAGUGUGUUUUGGACGUUGGUUAGCAAAGAGGUGCCCAGGUGGCGAAAACAACGUGCAGGUUAAGCUCAGCUGGUGUUGUCUUUGCAUUUUUACAACUCAGUUUUGUUUGAGAUGAUGGAAAAGAGAUCAUCCAGAGAAAGGUGGUAACUGUGAUCACCAUCAUUAAUCACCUAGAAUGACAUUACAAUAAGACUGUUGGACUCGAAAAGCAAAAGCUAACAAACCUUUUCUAAUUUUUAAAUUUGGCUUUUUUUAUUUUUAACAGAAUCUAAACCUUCUACAGGCAGCAUUACCAUCCCUGUGAUUGUUGUCACCAUCCUUGUUGUUGUUCUGCCCACUGGAGCAUUACUGUGCUAUCUUAAAUGGAGAAAAGAAAGGUAA